AUGGCGCUGUCGAGCUCGUGGGACGGCUCCAAUGUCCACGAGGAUCACGUCGAGUUCCUCCACCGGAUGCGGCGCCUACCGGGCGAGGACCUCGUGCGGGUUCGUCGGGCGCCGGAGAGGGAGAUCUCGCCGACGCUGGAGGAAGGAGCCAACGCCGACUUGAGGGUGCAGCUCAGCGAGGUGCAGGCCGCCCUUCGUGCCAAGGAAACCGAGUACGACGCCUUGGUCCUGGAGCGUGACCGCCUGGCCAAGAAGCUGGCUGACCAGGAGGAGAGCCACAAGGCGGCCCUGAAGAAGGCGCAGGAUAGUGAAGACGCCUUGAAGGCCGAGUUCGAGACUGAAGCGGCGGGCUGGGCUGAGACCAGGCAAGCGCUGAAUGAGGGCUUCGGCCGUAUUGAGGAUUUGAUCGACGACUACUUUCCCGGCUACUCCACCUUUGCUGCCCAAACCAUCGAGGCCCAUCGUGAAGCGUGCUGUUAG